CACCAGCUUCUACUUCCAUUACACUAGAGAGAUAGAGACUAGAGGGCAGAAGCUAUAGUACCUUUUGCCACAAGUCACCACCGUUCCUUCAAAAUGGAGUGCUGGUCAUCAAAGUUCUGCAACCAAGCAAGGCCAUUUCUGGCUGUGAUUUUCAUGCAGUUUGGGUAUGCUGGAAUGUCCAUCAUCUCCAAGUUUGCUCUCGACCGAGGGAUGAGCCAACACGUCCUCGUUGUCUAUCGACACGCAAUCGCCACUGCUGUUAUUGCCCCCUUUGCUCUAAUCUUUGACAGGAAGGUGAGGCCUAAGUUGACUUGGGGGAUCUUCUUCAAGGUUGCACUCCUUGGCUUGUUGGAGCCAACGAUCGAUCAGAACUUGUACUAUACAGGCAUGAAGUAUACAUCUGCAACAUUUGCUGCUGCUAUGGUCAAUGUUGUCCCUGCCUUUGCAUUCCUCAUGGCUUGGGCCCUGAGGCUUGAGUCAGUUAACCUGAAGAAGGUGCACAGCCAGGCAAAAAUUCUGGGCACAAUAGUGACAGUGGGAGGAGCCAUGUUGAUGACCUUGAUUAAAGGUGCUAGGGUUGAUCUUCCAUGGACUGAAGGGGUUCAAGCCGCCACGACUUCAGCAGUUGCUCAGGAUCCUGUCAAGGGUGCAGUUAUGCUAGCAAUUGGUUGCAUUUCCUGGGCUGGUUUUGUCAUUCUUCAGACAAUCACUUUGAAAUCGUACCCGGCUGAGCUCUCAUUAACAGCUUUGAUCUGCAUGAUGGGAACGAUCGAGGGCUCGGUUUUGGCCAUUGGGAUGGAAUGGGGGAACCCUUCUGCUUGGGCCAUUGGCUUAGACACCAAGUUAUUAGCUGCUGCUUAUAGUGGAGUGAUAUGUUCAGGAAUGGCAUACUACAUACAGGGAAUGGUGUUGAAGACCAAGGGCCCGGUUUUCGUGACAGCGUUUAGCCCUCUGAGCAUGGUGAUAGUCACAAUCUUGGGUUCGAUUUUCUUAUCCGAGAUUCUGUACAUGGGAAGGAUCCUGGGGACGAUAGUUAUAGUUUUAGGAUUGUACAUUGUGCUGUGGGGGAAGAGCAAAGACCAGCAACCGGGCAGUGGGGAUGACAAGGUGGCUGAUUUACCAACUGCUAAUGCUGUUGCUGCUGCUUCAUCAGUCAACGAUGAUGAACACUUCGUUUCCCUCGAGGUCUCGAGAGCUUGAAGAAGAUGUUUUCUCUGUGGGAGAGGAAUUUUGCAAAGUGUUAGUGUGAAAGCAAAAGUUUACACCUUUCAUGUAAACCUUCUCUGCCCAUUUUUCUUCUUUUUGGUUAGUUUCUGUUAACCAUAAGUGCAGAGGAGUUUAUUCCACCCCCCUCCACAAGUUUUCCUUUCUUUUUGUUUUUGGGGGAGAUCAAUUUGUAUGCUCCAGUGUUGUCUCUCCUGAUGAAUGAUUAAACAAAGCAAGUGUCCUGUAUGGAAAUCCUAAUCCAGGUACAUAAUGAUAGUUAUUAAUAAAUAUCAGUACCAUAAUUGCAAUAUCAAUUAUGCUUCAGUUCUCAUACAUCACAAUGAUUAGUGAGUGGCUACAGGUGACUAGAUGUGGAUUAGCAGGUUGGUACUCACCACUUGGAAUUGUAUACUCAUUCCAUAACAAAACCCACCAAAAAAAGAAUGAAAUGUUCUAUUAAUU